UUGGUGGUGGAGCGCCGCCUUCCAAAUCGAACGCAGCAUCCUUUGCGCCACUCGUUUUCAUCCGAAGCCGGAUUUUUUUUUCGAGCUCAUUUUGCCCGACGAUGGCGGAGAGCGAGGUAGACACGCCAAGCACACCGAUUGAAUUUGAGAGCAAAUACUUUGAGUUUGAUGGGAUUCGGUUGCCACCCUUCUGCAGAGGAAAGAUGGAGGAAAUUGCCAAUUUCUCCCUCAGAGGUAGCGACAUAUGGAUUAUCACCUACCCAAAAUCAGGCACCAGUCUACUUCAAGAGGUUGUGUAUCUUGUGAGUCAAGGAGCAGACCCAGAUGAAAUUGGACUCAUGAACAUUGAUGAACAGUUACCUGUCUUAGAGUACCCACAACCAGGCUUGGACAUCAUAAAGGAGCUCACGUCCCCGCGUCUUAUCAAAAGUCAUCUUCCUUACCGAUUCCUCCCGACAGGAAUGCACAUUGGAGAGGCUAAGAUAAUAUACAUGGCUCGUAACCCCAAAGACUUGGUCGUAUCCUACUUCGAGUUCCACCGAUCUCUGAGGACCAUGAGCUACCGAGGAACCUUCCAGGAGUUCUGCCAACGUUUCAUGAAUGACAAGCUUGGAUAUGGUUCCUGGUUUGAACAUGUUUUAGAAUUCUGGGAACAUCGUAAGGACUCGAAUGUUCUCUUCUUGAAAUAUGAGGACAUGUACAAGGAUCUUGGGGCAUUGGUGGAGCAGUUAGCCUGGUUCCUGGGUGUAUCUUGCGACAAGGUUCAGCACGAGGCUAUGGUGGAGAGCUGCAACCAGCUCAUUGAACAGUGCUGCAGCUCAGAGGCGUUGUCCAUUUGUAGGGGUCGUGUUGGUUUGUGGAAGGACAUCUUCACUGUGUCAAUGAAUGAAAAAUUUGAUGCUGUGUACAGAGAGAAGAUGGGAAAUUCCAACCUGAACUUUGAUUUCUGCCUCGGAGAAAGGCCUGUUCCCACUCAUUAAUCCACAAGAGUACAAUUAACAACCGCUCACUUCAUGCUCAACCUUGUGUCAAUAUAUGUCUGUCCAUUCAGUGAAUACUUUGGUGUGUGUAACAUGUAUAUGUCACCCAGUAAACCGAACUACAAUUGUCCAUUAUCAGGUCAAUCUACAAGAAAACAAUACAAAAAAAGAAGACAUAUUUUUCCAUUGUCACAUAAACAUAUGUAUACAUUGUUUAAUUAUAUAAAUUAUGUAUAUAAAUCUACAAUAUUUCAGAAAGUGUAGUCUCACCCAUGUCAAGGAUGUUCUGUUUUCAUUAGUGUAUAUUUAUUGAUUGUUUAUUGAAAUGCAACCACCUGAUUUUCCUGGAUUUGUUCAUUUUUUUUUAAUGCAUCGUUAUGGAUGUCACUGUUAUAUUUUUGUUUUAAUCUUCCCACUGAAGUUAUAAACUAAAUAUGAAAACCCCUA